GCGGGGCAGGUAGAGCACGGCGUUUUUGCGUUGUGAGCCGCCUAUGACUCCAGAUCUGUAUUUCUAGGAUGUUUCUUCGUAAAGCUCUGCUGGCCGGAGGUUCAGCUGCCGCCACCGCAGCACUUCUGGCCGCAGUGGCCGUCGGUAAAAGCGGCGAAAAAUCCGGCCUCGAUAAUCUGAUACCGCCGGUAACCACCGGGAAAUGGGACUACAACUGGGACCGUCGGGAACCAGUGUCUCUGGUGAACCUGCGUAAGAUCAAUGGAGAAACUGGAGAGGAAGAGUUGAAUGCAAAGCUGACUAAGCACAAAGCUAAAGCCACCAGGCACAUCUUUCUUAUCCGCCAUUCACAGUAUAAGCUCGAUGGAAAGACCGACGAGGAAAGAGUUCUCACGUCACUUGGACGUGAGCAAGCCGAACUAACUGGACAACGUUUGGCAAGUCUAGGAUUUAAAUACAUUCAUAUUGUACAUUCAUCUAUGACCAGAGCUAAAGAGACAACUGAAAUAAUCAGCAAAUAUUUACCAGCUGUGAAAAAAUCUAGCUCUGAUUUGCUUCGUGAAGGAGCUCCUAUCCGGCCAGAUCCCCCUGUGUGCCACUGGAAGCCUGAUGUAGAGCAGUAUUAUGAAGAUGGGGCACGUAUUGAGGCUGCAUUCAGGAAUUUCAUUCACCGUGCUGACCCUAAGCAAGAAGAGGACAGCUAUGAGAUUAUAGUCUGCCAUGCCAAUGUGAUCCGCUACAUUGUAUGCAGGGCAUUGCAGCUCCCUCCUGAAGCCUGGCUCCGUAUGUCACUUAACAAUGGGAGCAUCAGCCACUUGGUGAUCCGCCCUUCUGGUAAUGUCUCUUUAAGGAUGCUUGGUGACUCUGGCUUUAUUCCACCUGAGAAAAUGACUAGGACGUGAGUGUCCACAGCUUGUUGCACCAUCCAGCUCCAUCACUGCCUGCCCUGAAGAUACCUGGAUGAUCAGAUGCUGCAUUUAUUGUGACCAGCAGUCUCGCCCUCUCUGUGCCUUCUCCUAUGAUUCACACAUUUUAGCAAGACAUGGACACUCUUAAAAACAAUCACUGUAUGGUUAGAGGGUAAUUUAUAUUUGCAUUCUGCAUCUGCAGGAUACCAAGCACAUCUGCUUAAGCAGACAAGAAGCUGGCCACUUUGGUAGUAAUAAAUGCUUCACUUUUUUGUAAGAGGAGUAAGGCACAGGUGGCCAUCUACUGUACAUGCUGAAUACAAAAUUGAAAGUAUUGUAUAUGUUUGU